UCUGCAAAGGCUAAUACUGCCACAUGAGGAGGAAGUUCUUCCGGCAACAGUUUGGCUCUUCUCCCAUCCUCCAAACAACAACUGCGUAACAAAAACAGGAGUUUUUUUUCGGGGGGUGUUUGCCUCUAUUUACACAGACAAAUAUAAUCUCCAGGAGCAAGCAGGAUGUCUGUGGGCAUGACCAAGGCGGAUGGGGUCACUAUAUUGACUUUGACCCCCGACCCCAAAAGUGCUUGUUCACCUCUAUGCCAAAUCUUCAAGGCCCUUUGCUACAGCCCCGUGUGCUGCUCUAUGUCUCAGCAGCUGAGGAGGGUUCAGAAAACUUCUCAGUCAGUAUUGGGGGCUCUGCAGAUUAUGGUUGGCUUGCUCAACAUUGUCUUUGGAUCCAUCCUCUGGAGCGGUCAUGGUGGCCCUUGGUGGAUAAUGGAGAGCAUGUUUCCUUUUUGGCUUGGAAGCCUGUUCAUAGUUUUUGGCAUCAUGUGCAUUUUGUCUGAGAAGUUUCCCAGUCGAUGUCUGGUCAUCAUCAACGUGAUUCUGAAUCUGACAGGAGUUGGUUUUGCCAUCACAGCCAUUUUUUUCUCUUCCAUCAGUGUGGCAGAACGUGGUUGGGACUUGUGGGUGAUGUGCCCACGUGACCAUUAUGACUACCGGUAUGGCCAUCAUGAAAGGACAACAGCAAGUCCAUCUCCCGAGGACUUGAUCAUCCAGGAGAAAUGCUUGGAGGCACAAGCACUGAUACUUAUGCUUAUUAGAAGCAUGAAUGCUGUGAUGAUCAUCUUGUCGGCCCUUGAGCUCUGCCUCGUCAUCAGCUCUGUUGUCAUGGGGAUCAAAGCCCUGAAGAGCAGUCAGAAGGGAAAACAAGGUAGAAGCACUGAUGAACCAGAACAUUACAAACCACCUGUAGAGGAGGUCCCCACUUACCCUGUAGUCUAAAUGAAAAUCUGUAUGAAAGAAUAUUUUCAAAUUGUGCAUCUGAGUGUCUGUUAAGGACAAGAGAAAUGGACGACUGAAAGACUACAGUAUAUUGAUUUUGAUUUUAUUCAUUUUUAUUUUUCAUUAUUAUUUCUGUGUGGUUAUGUGUGUACAUAUGUAUGUAUAAGUAUGUGUGUGUACACAUGCAAAUGUAUGUGUGUGUAUGUAUAUAUGUGUAUAGGUAUGUAUGUAUGUAUAUAUAUGAGUAUAUAUAUAUGUGUGUAUGUAUAGGUAUACAUAUACCUUCUUUUUUUCUUUUUUGCUCUAUUAUGUUGUGUUAUAUUUUGUAUUCAUUGUGUUCUUUUAUGCUUAUGGUCGGACCCCAGGAAGAAUAGCUUCAUCAAGGCUGCAGCUAAUGGGGAUCCUAAUAAAACUAAACUAAACCCUCAUAUCGCUGAUUCAAUGACAACGUUCAUCCGGUCUUACGAAAGGCCGGUGAUUCCCACAUUAUUCACUCCUGAGUUGUUGUGAAAUCUCCAAAUUGAAUCAAUGUGUGUAAUGUUUAGGAAUCUCAUAAUUAUAAGUAAUCUACUUUUCCCCCUCUGCAACUGUGAGAGGGUUAAGAUGUGCCACUUGAUGGAAAUGGAUUGAAUGUAUGAAAGAAAUAAAUUUGGCUUUUAUGAAGUCAUAUUUCAACAUC